AAUAUUCUAUUGAAAUAAAAAAAAAAGAAUGUUACGUAAUAUUUAUGAAUACUCAACUAGUCUGAAGAUAUAUUUAAAAUUCCCGCCAUUUGUGUAUUAAUGGCGAAUUUGUGAGUGUCAUUCUUUUAGACUAAUAAAACAAUUCAGAUUUUAUAGAGUUUGAAUAUGGAUAAAAUAAUUAAAGGAAUAAUGAAAUAUAGAAAGUGCCAUAGAGAAGAAAUGGUGAAACAAUUUCAAAAAGUUAAAGACUGUCCUGAACCAAAAGCAGCAUUCUUUACCUGCAUGGAUUCCCGGAUGAUUCCUACUAGAUUUACGGAAACAAAUGUUGGAGACAUGUUUGUUGUAAGAAAUGCUGGUAAUAUUAUUCCUCAUUCUCAGCAUUUUGAGGACGAGUUAGCAAUGUGUGAACCGGCAGCCUUAGAACUUGUUUGUUUAAUGAACGAAAUAAAACACAUUAUAGUUUGUGGCCAUAGCGAUUGUAAAGCUAUGAAUAUGUUAUAUUCUUUACGCGAGGAAGAAUUAGCAUCGAAAGUAAAUAGAAGGAUAUCGCCAUUAAAAGCAUGGCUUUUUGCACAUGCUAGUAAUAGUUUAGCAAGAUUUCAACAGCUUGAAAUCGCUGAUUUCCGUGACCCGAUACUUUUUCAGGGUGAGACAUCUUUACGAAAAUUUGUGGCUUAUAUUGAUCCUGAAGAUAAAUUCGGCGUAGAAGAUAAAUUAUCUCAAAUAAAUACCUUACAACAAUUACAAAAUAUAGCUUCUUAUGGAUUUUUAAAAAAACGAUUGGAAAGACAUGAUUUGCAUAUUCAUGCAUUAUGGUUUGAUAUUUAUACUGGUGAUAUUUAUUAUUUUAGUAGGGCAAAUAAGAAAUUCGUAGAAAUAAAUGAAUCAAAUGAAAAAUGCUUACUUACAGAAAUUAAAAAAUAUUAUUCUUAAAUUUUUUAUAUCAAAAUUAUAUCAAUUUAUAUCAAUAUUGUUUAAUAUAUCAAUAUUUUUAUAUUUAUAAUUUAUUUUUUUUUUUAUAGAAAAUCAUUUUUUGAUUAAGACUGAAUUGUUGAAUCUCUUAUAAUCCAAUAGUUUUAAAUAUAUAAUAGUUAAUAGUUAAAUAUUUGUUGAAAUUUUUUAUUAUGUAUCUAGAUAUGGAAAUUAUAAAUUGAUUUUUAUUAUCUUUAUUUAUUAUCUUCUUUUUUUUAACUAAUAAUUUUUUAUAUUAUAAUUAUCUUUUUAAAAUUUAAAAAUUUUAUUUAAAAUUUAUACAAAAUAAAUUGAUAAUAACAAUAUAUGAUAUAAAUUUAUAUAAUAUAAUUUUAGAUGCAUAUUAUUAUGCACAUAGAUGAAAAAAAUUUUUAUAUAAUAUAAUGAAAUAGGUAAUAAUUAAAUUGAAAAAUAUAAAAUAUUUAUUUAAAAAUAUAAAAAUAUUUAUUUCUUGAUAAAAUAUGUAUAUAUAAUUACAAUUGUUGAAAUCUGAAAUGAAAUAUUAUUUUUGAUAUAUAUUUUAUGUAUUGUUAUACAUAUAUACAAAGUUUAUCUGUAAUAUAUUUGUAACGAUUUACAUAAUAAUAUAUUCUGUUUAUAUAUAUAUAUAUAUAAUUGUUUAUAUAUAUAUAUAUAUAAUUGUACAUGUUCAUUGUGAUAAAAAUAAAUAAAAUAUAUUUAUUGUUCUUGUUUGAUUCAUAUAACGAUUCACUUCGCUUCUUGCCGAUUUGAUUUAAUAUACUUUACAUUUGAAUUGUAUAAAAUCGAAGUCAUGGAAUAGCCAGAGGACGUACUGAUGGAUGGACGGUUUCGUGGCCAGGCGAACUAGAGCAUGCCACUCCCGAAAGAGAAAGCAAAACAACGAACUAAAGUAUAGAAUUAGGAUAAUAAUAAAUAUGAUAUCAGAGAUUCGUAUAAAUUUAUUGAUGCAAUGUGUAUUUAAUAAAUAUUGGCAUCAUAAAUAUAAUAUAUAUAUAUAUUUUUUAAAUAAUGUGAUUUUUUUAUUAUAUUAUUAAUAUUAUUUAUUAAUAUUUAUUAAUAUUAUUUAUUAAUAUUAAGUAAGAUUAAAAAUAAAAUUAGAAUAUUAUUUUAUUUAUCUAAUAUUAAAUCAUAAAAAAUUCUAAAAUAUAUUAUUGUUUUUAAAAUUUUUAUAUAAAAAUGAAUUAUCUAUUAUUUUAAAUUAGAAACAAUAUACAAAUAUUUUCAAUGCGAGUAUCAAAGAAUUUUGUAAAUUCAAAAAUUUUUUCUUAAUUCUAUGUGGAUAAAAAUUCUAUAAAUUAUCGGAAUAAAAAUAUCUUUAGUUUACGAAUAACUAUAUACCUGCAUAUCGGCACGAGGUAUGCAUACAUUCUAGAAACUUAUGGCCAAAUACAAAAAAUAGUUCGCAUUUUUCAAUGUGUUUUAUAAUGUAUAAAAAUAGUAGAUAAAAGUGAAGAGGAUUCAUUAUUCUGUCUAGACGAAUCGUAGAGUUGGCUCCGUUAGGUCAGUUUACGGACUAUGAUGAAUGUAUGGGUAUGGUAAAUCGGAAGGUGGGAGAUCUCUUCGGAGACGAUACAUGCGUUCUUUUUUCUUUCCAAGAUCUCGCACCCCAUGAAUCGCUGACAUACUGACCUAGAUUAUUCUGGGGUAUCUAUCAUGAAGGCAAAGCGUGCUGUAAAUAUAAUACAUGUUCUAUGUUAAAAAGUAAAAUCAUGUCAUCUUUUAUUUUUCACGUAAGCGAGAUUCAGAGCGAAACAUUUUUACAAAGUAGAGAAUUUCAUACGUUCAAGAUAUUUGACUAGAUUGUGCAUUAAAAAUUAUAUGUAUUGGAUACGAUAUAAUUAUAUUAUAUUGUCAUUUACUAGAGAUUGGAUUGGUUUUAAUAAGUUAUGAAUCCAAAAAAAUCAAUUUUUAAUUAUGUGUGUAACUAUUUCUUAGAGUUAAAAAAAAAAAAAUAUUAAAAAAAAUUUUAUGAUAAAAUAAUUUGAUUUUUCAAGUUUAUUUCUUUUUUUUCGUUUCAACAUCAUUAUUGAAAUACUUAUUUUCGAAAAAAUAUUUUACCAAGUUUCUAAAAAUGGAAUUACAAGCGUUUUAAAGCAUGCACACCAUCAAACUUCCGUGAAGAAUGUCUUUAAAUUAGAUUCGGUUACGAAAUUCAGGUGCACGGUAGCCUUCUGGUCCGUUUACCUGGCUAGUCUGACAAUGUUUACUGCUAUUAUAUUAUGCUUGAUAAUUUUGCGGCCAAAAAGUGAAUUAAAACAAACAUCUAAAGUUACAUAGUAUAGUGUACCUCGAAUGAACUCAAAGAAACAAUUGAUAGCCUUUCAACUCUGUUUAUUUCGAUAUCGAUAUUUGUUUUGCAAAUAAUAGAAUUCGAAGUAAUUCUUUUAUUAUAAACUUUAUAUAUUUAAUUGAUAAAUUUAUUAAUUAUUUCAAAUAUAAAAAUUUUAUAUUUAUAUUAAAAAAAUUAUUUUUCAUUGCAUUACUACGCAUUUUUAUAUAUAAAAUUUCGAUCAUUCGAUUAAUCGAAUCGAAAAAGAUUAAUCAGGUCGAAGUAGUCAAUCGAUACCAAUCAAAAUAAAAUUUCUAAUAACUUUAUCAAUUUCCAUGAUACAGUGGUGAAAGUUAAAGAAUAUGUAUAGAAAAAAAUAAAAAUUCUAUUUAAUAUGUUUUGUGUAAAAAGAAUCUAAAUGAUUUAAGAUAUUCUUAUAUCCACAUUUUUCUUUUUUAUAGAUAUAUAAAUGUCUUUAAAUAGUGAGUUUAUAUAGCUUCUUUUUUCAACAUAUAUAAUUUAUAUUAAAUUUUUUCUCAAUCUUUUGAAAUAUAUUGUCUAAGAAUUCAAUAGAAUUUCAAAUUAUUUUAAAACAAAUGUCCGUAUUAAAUAUUCUGUCAAUUUAUUUAGGGUGCAUUCGUCAUAAUAUUUUUAUAGGUUAGAUUGGAUAACGUCCCUCAUACGAAUUUAUUCGAUACGUUAAUUAAUUACGCGGAUACGACGUCGUUAAUUUUUCUACGCUUGACGGAUCUUCCUUGCCAACGCUCGCACAAGAAUAAAGUUUCGGAAAAAUACACGAGCGUAACGAAGUAGUAAUGCCACCGCGGAGUACAGCGUGUUAUGCUUCGGCACACACCACUGGCCACGCACUCUUUUUCUAUGACCAUUCUAAAACGAAAGAAAGAAAAAAAGGAGAUCGUGCGAAAUCGUGACAUCGUUACUAUCUCCCAUGCUUCAAUAGCUAAUUUAUCCAAUUUUUCGAUUCGCUGAAAUGAGGCUCAAUGAACUAUUUCGAUAUUAUUACUUCAUUUUAGUUGAAAUAGAAUGUCAAAAUGAAAAUAAAAUGCUAAAUAAUUAAUAAUUUUCAAA